GGCGGGAAUAAGUGUUGUGCGGUUUAGGAGUUUGGGAGGCAGUCGGACAGACAGCAGGCACGGACGGGAAGUUGUCCUUGAGGAAUGUCAGACAGCCAUGGAAAAUACUGAGGCUCAGGACUACAGAGCUGAAUAACCACGACUCCCCUGAAGUAGAAUUUAUACAGAGUUCUCAUAAAAGUUUUUGGACUAAGUUGUAAGACAGACACUGAAUUCAAAGUAAAUUCAAUGAGUUAUACGGACAGCAGACGUACCGUUGGAGCAGGGUACAGUAAUGGAGGGAGACCGGUAAGAGGAUUUGCCCACAAAAAGCAUUCUCCUCACCCAUACAUAAAUGAUUCACUGGAGGGAGAAAUUCAGGCCUUCCUCAUUGAUGAAGACCAACUCCACACUUAUGACGACCUCACCAAAGUCAACCCAGUGACACCAACAACGGUGCUGAAAUGUCUGCAGGCUAGGUAUAGUUUGAAAGUGUUUUACACCCACGCUGGCUGCACCCUGGUGGCUCUUAACCCCUUCCAGCCAAUCCCUGACCUCUACUCUCUGGAUGUGAUGAAGGAAUAUCACUGUGCCCCUCAACCUCAGGAAUUCAAACCACAUAUCUUUAUUGUGGCAGAAGAAGCCUACAGGAAUGUUAAGGGCCAGCUGGAGCCAGUGAACCAAUCCUUGGUGGUCAGCGGGGAGAGCGGUGCAGGGAAGACAUGGACCUCUCGAUGCCUGAUGAAAUAUUAUGCCACUGUGGCGGCCUCCUCCUCCGUGACAAAGAGUCAGCACACUGUGGAGAGGAUAGAGAGGAGGGUGUUGGACUCCAACCCCAUCAUGGAAGCUUUUGGUAAUGCCUGUACAGUACGCAACAACAACAGCAGUCGCUUUGGAAAGUACAUCCAGCUCCAACUAGACAGGUGUCAGCUGUUAGUGGGGGCGUCUGUACACACAUACUUGCUGGAGAAGACCAGGGUGGCCUGCCAACCAGCUGAUGAGAGGAACUUCCACAUCUUUUACCAGAUGAUGAAAGGGGCCACAGAUGAGCAGAGAAAGGAGUGGAAGAUGCCGCGCGGCCAACAUUUUUUGUGGCUGCCGAAUUCUGAAAAAACAGUCGAGGAGGAUUGUUUUUAUGAGACGGUUGAGGCAAUGGUUCAUCUGGGCAUUACUGCAGAAAGGCAGAGGCAGAUAUUUAGGAUAUUAGCAGGGAUUCUGCAGUUGGGAAAUGUGAAUUUCUCCUCUUCUUCAGAUGAAUCACAACCUUGUAACUUAGAUGAGCAGUCCAGAGACUUCUUGCAGAGGGCUGCUGAGCUGCUGUGCGUCCCUGCUGAGGAGCUCCACACGUGUCUGAGAGUGAGGACGCUGAAGGCGGGGAAGCAGAGCGUGCUCAAGCCCUGUUCCCAGGCAGAGUGCAGCGUGAGGAGAGACUGCCUGGCCAAGGUCAUCUACGCCCAAUUAUUUGAAUGGCUGGUUACAUUCAUCAACAACAGUAUAUGUGCAGCCAAACCCACCUGGUGCAACUUCAUAGGAGUUCUAGAUGUGUACGGGUUUGAGUGUUUCCACAUCAAUAAUCUGGAGCAGCUGUGUAUCAACUACGCCAAUGAGAAACUCCAGCAGCACUUUGUGGCUCAUUAUCUCAGAGCUCAGCAGGAGGAGUAUGUGUCAGAGGGGCUGCAGUGGUCCUUUGUCAAAUACCAAGACAACCAGAGCUGUUUGGAUCUCAUAGAAGGAAGCCCUGUCAGUGUGUUCUCUCUUCUGAAUGAGGAGAGUCGUCUUAAUCGAGCCUCAGAUGCAAAGACAUUCAGGAUUCGUUUGGAGAAGGAGCUUGGUGAUAACACCAACAUCAGCUGGGACAAGUUCAGCAAGGAGCCACACUUCACUGUGGCCCAUUAUGCUGGUAAAGUCAACUACCAGAUCCAGGGGAUGGUGGAGAAAAACAAGGACCCUGUCCCACCAGAGCUCAUCAGCCUGCUUCAGAAGUCUGACAACCCCCUGCUGCACCAGAUCUUCACUCAUGAGGAACCAGAGAACCCAACUACUAAAGGGCUCAGCAAAGUCACUGUGGUCUCCAAGUUCAAGAACUCUUUGGAGAGCCUGAUGAGGAUCCUUCAUACCACAACUCCUCACUACACCCGCUGCAUCAAACCAAACCCGGACUGCAAACCACUCACCUUCAAAAAGGAGGAGGUUAUCGUGCAGUUGGAGGCCUGUGGUAUUGUGGAGACUAUUCAUAUUAGUGCUGCUGGCUUUCCAAUAAGAAUUCCUUUCAAAGACUUCAUGCAACGCUAUGGACUGAUUGCAAAAUUCCAAAAUUUCACUUCAGGGAGUCAUUGUGUUGAUGUGAAUGCUGUAACUAGCAACGUUCUUCAGGAAGAGGUGCAGAAAUUGCUCCAUAAUGUGUUACAACACAAGGCGUUUGGCUCCUUGCACAACAUUGACAGUGAAAAACACAAUUCAUGGGUGCACUGUGGAAGGACUAAGGUUUUUCUCACCCAGUCAAUGCUGGAUUUGCUAGAGAAUCAGAGGCGGAAGAUCCUGUCCCAGUGUGCCUUCUCCAUUCAGUGCUGCUGGCUGCGAUACCAGCGCCGCAGACGCCACGCCCGCCAACUGUCUGCUACCCUUAUUCAAGCAGCAGUGCGGUCAUGGCUGGUUCGGAGGCAGGUCCAGAGAUGGAACAGAGCAGCUGCAGCCAUCCAGAGCACUUGGAGGAAGUGGAAGGAACUAUUGAAGUCCUUGGCUGAGGCAGAGCUGGAUGAUGCAAAGGACCUUUUGGAGGUGGACAUGCCAGCAUUGAACCCUGUUAUCAGGGAGCGAGGCUCGGUGCAGCUCUCCACCAUUCAGGAGCCUGUGACGGUGCGAGGGUGGCCCAUGGGUCUGGCUCUGGCCUCAGCCCCGUCCAUCACCGUGUCUUUGACAACCACGGGCUUGCAGAAGAUGAUGUCUGUGAUGGCCUCCCUCAACCUGCCCUCCCGGAAAGGGAAGUAUAAGGUGGAGACAAACCAAUACACGCAGGGGCUCGCCUCCAUACGGGCUCAACCCAGGGGAUCUGUAAAGCUGCACUAUCAGCAUUCUCCACUUCUUUAUGCUGACAGGCAACCAGACUUGAAGAGUGAUGUGACAGGGUUCAAUGAGAUCCUGCUAGAGAAAACACUCUGAGAUUUCAUAUGACCUACAUGAGGGCACAGAGGUGCUUUUGCGGUAAAGCAACUGCUCCUCCAUAAUCUGACAGAGAGAUGAGAAACCUGGUAUUUUAAGCUGUUAUUUCACUAAAUGUGUUUGUUUAAAGUGAUCAUUUACAGCUAUAAUUAAUGUUGUUGUUUUUUUUCAAGAAUGCCAAAGUUUAUCUCAUUGUAUUUUACAAGGAUGCAAAGAUCUGCAAAACCUGCACCCUUGCAUAAUAUUUUAACCUCACAGGUGGUCAGGUUAAGAUAAUGCACUGCUCUUAGCCUGACCUUCUUAGAAACAAUCAUAUGCGGUGGCCUUCAUGCCCCAGGGAAUCAUAAAAUCAUCUCUAAUUCAAAAUCUCAGUCAGCUAUCUAGAAACACUGACCUGUUAUUAUCUGAGAUAAAGCAGAAAUACUAUUGUUGAUCAUUUGUAAAAUAUGCAUUGUGUCAAAAGUGUUGAUCAAAGUAUUGGGCCUUUGACAAGUGCCUUUCUUGAAAUCUACAUUGGAAUCACGAAAAGGCUGUUUUUAUAUCUAUUUAUUAUUAAGUCCGGUUUGAUAGAUUUAUUGUGUAGGUGUAAAAAAACAAAAAAAAUAUAUAGUGAUUCAGAUGAACAUAUUAUUAUGUAGGUUAUCAUUGUCCAACAUCUAUUAAGUGUGAUUUAUGCUGGGGAAAAGUAAUUAAGCAAGUUUUGCACAUGUAAAGCGCACAUUGCACAUUAAAACCACACACCUGCUCACAUAUAGUAACAGACUGACAAAAAGCCAUGAACAAGCAGACGCAACACUUAUGUGAUGCAGGGAUGGGAUGAAACCAUUUAUUGCUGCUCUUUCUUCAGUAAGGGCUCUUUAUAUUAUACACAUCUGCUAAAUGUUUGACUACAGCACAUUCUAUGAGGAUUUUUAUCUGCUGCGUUCCAAA